AUGAAUAACCAGACUCGACAUGGGAGGCCUCCGUUCUGGGCGCCGAAACCGGUGCAGAUUUCGAAUGUGACGAUUAUUGCCAAUACGUCGACCAUUGCCCCUGAUGAUUCGGAUGCGAAGCUUGAGGAACGACAGGUGGCGGGGAUUACGAGCUGCAAGAGUACGUUCUUGGUGAUCGCGAGAGACGCAUCGAGUGCGUAUUCAGCGAAGAGCGGAUUGAACGAUUACGGGAUUCCGUUUGAGGUUUUGAUCGUGCCAGCUGGUGGCGUGGCGUUGCCCCCUCUCAGCAGUGCGACGGGCGUGGGAAAUUAUGGAGGAUUCGUUAUUCUUUCCGAAGUCAGCUAUGCUGAUUCUGCUGGGAAUUAUGCGUCUGCUCUCACGAGUGCGCAGUGGAAUACGUUGUACACGUACCAGAGAACGUUUGGUGCUCGGAUGGUGAGGUUAGAUGUGGUGCCUUCGGCUGCUACGGGGACAACUGUGGUGGGAUCAUGCUGUGAUGGGACGCUGGAACAGUGGAUGGCGAUUAGUGACCAGUCUCAAUUUCCUACGGCUGGAAUUGUGGUAGGAGCUGGUCUUAGUACCAAAGGUCUUUACCAUUACCCCGCAUCGAUCUCGAAUUCAACUUUAGCCAAGGCAUUCGCUCUGUUUGGUACCACUACAGGCUUCACCUCAAACACGGUUGCUGGAGUCAUAAACAAUUUUGGAAAUGGAAGACAGCAGAUGGUUUUCUUCCUCGGAUUCGCUACAGACUGGAGUACAACAUCGAUUAUUUUACAACAUGCAUGGAUCCACUGGGCAACAAGGGGAUUGUACGCAGGAUAUAGACGAGUAAUGUUAAAUACACAAAUCGACGACAUGUUCCUCACCUCCCCCAUCUACUCUGGAGGCACAUUCCGAGUCGAACCCGCAGACCUCGCACCACACAUCACCUGGAUGGCAGCCGUACGAGCCAAGCUCCCAACAGGCAGCAACUGGACCAUGGAAGUUGGCCACAACGGCAAUGGCAAUAUCGGAGUAUGUCGCCCAACCUGUGGCAGCGGCCCGAUCGACUACGCAGCACAACCAGACCCCACGGCCGCACAACUCGAAUACGUCAAGCCCCCGGGAACAGGGACCUCUCUCUGGCCCGCCACCGCAUCCACAUACCCCUACUCCCUCGCCUGCGUCACCCUCGACCCUCUGCUUAACUGGUGGGCAAAACCCGCGUACCGCGACGCAUUCAUGCACAUCUCGCACACCUUCACGCACGAAGCGCAGGACGCGGCGACGUAUUCGGACGUCAUGAAGGAGAUUAGCUGGAACCAGGCGUGGAUCGCGCAGUGGGGGUUGAGCGGGGCGAAGUGGUUUUCGGGGAGGGGAUUGAUCCCGCCGGCGAUCACGGGGUUGCAUAAUGGGGAUGCGUUGAAGGCGUGGAGUGAGAAUGGGUUGGUGAAUGCGGUGGGGGAUAAUACGAGGCCGGUUUUGUUGAAUGCUGUUAAUGAGCAUUGGCCUUUGAUCACGACUAUGGCUGCUGAUAAUUUCGACGGUAUCCAAAUCACUCCUCGCUGGGCUACGAAUAUCUACUACAACUGCGACACAACAGCCUGCGACGUAGCAGAAUGGAAAGCCAUCGCCCAAGGCAGCGGCACGAUCCUGGACCUCCUCGCGCUGGAACAAAGCACCAACGUCCGACACCUCCUCGCGCUCCACCACGACGCCUUCAUGUUCCACCAAGCGAACCUGCGGCAGGCGGACGUGGCGACCACGACGCUGGGGCAGGGUCUCACGGCUAAGAGCGGGAAGUGGAGUCUCUUCCAGAUGUGGGUGGAGAUUGUGUUGGGGGAGUUGAUGAGGGUGGUGACAUGGCCCAUCAUCUCACUGAAACAUGACGAUAUCGCAACAGCGUUCGCUCAGCGCAUGGCGAGGGAUAACUGUAAUUACACCAUGACAUAUACGCUCGAUAGCGUAGCGCAAACAAUAACAAGCAUCACCCUCUCAAACCCCGGCAACACCUGCGCGGCACCGAUCCCGAUCACGGUCCCCGGCCCGGUGAAAAGCACGCGGAGAUUCACGACCGAACAGCUAGGCGGCGAUCCGUUGACGAUCUGGGUCCCGCUUGUCGGGGCCGCGGAGGCGUUUGAUUUGAAGACGCCUGUUGCUUGGUAG